AGAUAAGUGCCGUGGUACGCAUACAACAUAGGAAAAUAUGUGGCAGAGCCCUUUGAGUGAUCGAGAAACAUGCAGCAACAACGCAUAAGGCGAGAUGAUGAAGUGAUUGAGACACUUCAGUCGUGUCCCAUCGGCUGUGCCAACGAGCCGGACACCCUCAGUGCCAACAACGACAGCCUACAGACGACACCGGAUAGCACAUUGCAGAAGCCGGGACAGCAACGUAACAAAGAAGCGCACAACAAUCACAACAGUAAUAGCAAUAACAACAAUAAUAACAAUCAUAUAAGCAACAGUCACUUAUCGAAUAGUGCUACCAGUGACACAUCAUCGGCGUCCUUCCAACAGCGUUUCGAUUUCAAUCGUUUAAAGGCGCGUCUGCCAGAACUAAACUGCUUGCAUAGCUUGCAGCGUUAUUGGCAACAACAACAACAACAACAGCAACAACAACACAACGCCGAUAUCAGCAGUGACGUCUUAACAGGGACACAUAGAGAUGAAGCCGGUGGCGGCAAUAGUUCAUACUACACUACCAACAUUUUAGGCUGUACCAUCAGUUAUCCAUUUGGUAAAGAGCAAAAGACGGACGCAAUCAAGGAGACGCCAUUACAAAAGUUCUAUCGACAUCAGCAACAGAAGAAAAUGCCAGCGUUUCGUGGUAGACGCGGCUGGUGUGGGUGUUUUCAGGAUGACGAGCCACCGGAGAUUUGUGUGGUUGAAGGCGCUUUCACGCUACAAACGCUCACACCCACACAACCCAUGCCACCUGUGGAUGAGUUGGAUGCAAAGUUUGCCGAACUUGUCGAGGAACUCGACCUUACAGCACCCAAUAAAGAGGCAAUGCUCAAUUUGCCGCCACAGAAGAAAUGGCAAAUAUAUUGUUCACGUAAACAGCCGAUCGACACUACCGAUGGCAACACGGCGUCAAUCACACAACCACCCACGGCCGACUACUAUAUUGAUAACCUGAAGACCUUAGUGCGUUAUGUGAGUCUCAGUUUUGACGAUUCUGGCGGCCAUGAGUACUAUCUGCGUAUCGAAGGUCAUGGUCCAUUCCUGGAUGCACUCAAAACGGCGUUACGCACAUCGACACACAGCUUUGUGCUGCGUUUUGUCGACCUGGAGGGAUUACCCUGUCUGUUAAAUCUACUGCAAAAUAUGGACACAUGCGUGGUGAAUAGUGAGCUGCAUACCAGAAUUAUUGGUUGCAUCAAAGCAUUGAUGAAUAAUUCGACCGGGCGCGCCCAUGUACUGGCGCAUCCCACGUCGAUCGACACGAUAGCGCGUUCGCUGAUAGCAGACAAUGUCAAAACAAAAAUUGCGGCUUUAGAAAUCUUGGGUGCCGUAUGCCUGGUGCCCGGUGGUCAUCGAAAAGUGCUACAGGCCAUGUUAAACUUUCAAGAAUUUGCAGCGGAGCGCGUGCGUUUCCAGACCGUAAUCAAUGAUCUGGAUCGUACGAGAGGCGCUUAUCGCGACAAUAUUCAUCUACAGACCGCUAUUAUGUCGUUUGUCAAUGCAGUGCUCAACUACGGACCCGGCCAGGAAAGUCUCGAAUUCCGUCUACAUCUGCGUUAUGAGUUUCUCAUGCUCGGCAUACAGCCGGUGAUCGAUAAAUUGCGAACAUACGAGAAUGAAACGCUCGACAGACAUUUGGACUUCUUUGAAAUGGUACGCGCCGAAGAUGAAAAGGAACUGGCGCGCAAGUUUAAUAUGGAGCAUGUGGAUACGAAAAGUGCCACGGCCAUGUUUGAUUUGCUGCGUCGCAAAUUGAGCCACUCGCCAGCGUAUCCACAUUUGUUAUCGCUAUUACAGCAUAUGCUGUUAUUGCCAUAUACCGGUCCUUCCACACAGCAGUGGCUCAUGUUCGAUCGUGUCGUGCAACAAAUUGUACUACAGACCGAAGGACGCCCGCAAAGCGAUGUCGAUCCCGAUGAUCCCAAUAAAGAGAAACUCCCCCUCUUAACCGUACGUGAUCCCGACGUUGCUCCGCUGGAGAUAAACGUCGGUGAAAUCGUGCAAUUAUUAGUGAAAGAAGAAGAAUUGACACAGGCACGCAAGCGCGCUGACGAACUUGAACGUGAAAACUUCGAAGUACAAUCGCGUCUCGCCAAAAAGGAACAGGAAUUAGAUCAACGUCAACAAGAGAAGGAAGAUUUGGAAACGAGUUUGACACGCAUGCGUGAGCGACUCGAAAAAGAGUCGGCGAAUCACUCACAAGCUGUACAACGCGCGCAAACGGCUGAAAUGAAGGCGGAAGAUUUGCAACAUCGCUUGAUGACCGAACAACAAGAGCGCACACGUCUCGAGCGGCUAGUCACCGAGGGUAGCAUACCAGAUGACCAAAAAGUAGCCGGUCUGACAGGUUGUAAUGGCGCCGUAUCACCACCACCACCGCCAGCCAUGAAGAUAGUGCCACCACCGCCACCGCCAAUGGCAGCAGCACCGCCACCACCACCACCGUGUCCCGGUGCACCACUACCACUCGCCAUGGCGCCGACAAUGGCGCCCCCACCACCCAAAACUGAAGUGCCCAAAAAGAAUGUGCCACAGCCUUCAAAUCCACUAAAGAGCUUCAACUGGUCCAAGCUGCCCGAUGCCAAAGUGCAAGGCACCGUCUGGAGUGAGUUGGAUGAGUCUAAAUGGUACAACAACAUGGAACUGGAGGCGAUAGAUAAACUCUUCUCGGCCUAUCAGAAGAAUGGCGUAGUGAACGAUGGCUCUGUUGAGGAUCUGCGCGUGAUGGGCAAGCAGCGCACAAAAAUACUAUCCGUCAUCGAUGGACGACGCGCACAAAAUUGUACCAUACUUUUAAGUAAAUUGAAGAUGAGUGAUGAGGAGAUCUCCAAAGCCAUCUUAUCCAUGGACAGCAAUGAGCAAUUGGCUCUUGACAUGGUCGAACAGUUGCUGAAGUUUACGCCCUCGGCGGAGGAACGCGCUUUAUUGGAUGAGCAUAGCGAAGAUAUAGAGUCUUUGGCGCGCGCUGAUCGUUUCCUUUACGAAAUAUCAAAAAUCCCGCACUACGAACAGCGUUUGAAGAGUCUACACUACAAGAAGCGUUUUAUGAUCACCGUCAACGAUUUGAUACCGCGCAUACGCAGCGUUAUGGAGGCAUCACGUGAAGUAGCGCGUUCAAGACGACUGCGCAAGUUACUCGAGUUGGUGCUGGCGUUGGGCAAUUACAUGAAUCGUGGUGCUCGCGGCAAUGCCUCUGGUUUCCGUCUCGCCUCGCUCAAUCGUCUUGGUGACACCAAAUCCAGCGCCGCCAAAGGUACCACACUACUACACUACCUGGUGCACGUGAUUGACAAGAAAUUCAAAGAUUUGCUCAAAAUCGAGGACGACAUACCACACGUACGCGAAGCUUCGAAAGUUUCGCUUGCCGAGAUGGACAAAGAUAUACAAAUGUUGCGCACUGGUUUGGCGGAUGUAGCGCGCGAAAUUGAGUUCCAUCGUUCUGCCGGACCGGCACAACCGGGCGAUCGCUUCUUGCCCGUAAUGCGGGAAUUCCAUGCGCAAGCCUCAGUACGUUUUGCCGAAUUGGAGGAUAAAUUUCAAGACAUGAAGACGCGUUUCGAUCGUGCUGUACGUCUCUUUGGCGAAGAUGGUUCUGUGCUGCAACCCGAUGAAUUCUUCGGCAUAUUCGAUACAUUCCUGAGCGCAUUCACAGAAGCUCGCCAGGACAACGACAACUUCCGCAAGCGACAGGAAGAGGAAGAGAAACGUGCCAAACAGGAGGCUGAGCUAAAGAAACGCACCAUCGAGCGGAAGAACAAGGAGGGACUCAUGUCGUCGGUGGCACGAAAUUUGGGGCUCACAUCAUCUGCGAAUUCAGCGGGUCGCGACUCGCCGGUGAAGGGUGACAACAAUAAGGGCGAAUUUGAUGAUCUGAUAUCUGCGUUGCGCACCGGUGACGUCUUUGGCGAGGAUAUGGCCAAAUUCAAGCGGUCGCGAAAGACACGUGCUAGCAAUGGCAGCAUGUCACCGCCGCGUCACGGACUGCAUCGUGAGGAAAGUCGCGAGCGUACCGUGCGUCGGCAGUGAGCAGUUCCAAAGGAAAUUGAAUGGUGGAAAUUGGACGGUGGGGGGGUUAAGGUGCCGUACGUAAGACAGGUUUUUGUAAUUUAAUAAAGAAAAUUGAAUACUGCAACGAUAUUGAUGCACAGCUGUAGAGGCGGUAGCACGACGCUCUACGCAGAAAUUAGUUAUUAUUGAUGCAUAUUGAUAAAGAAUUGAUAGAAGAGAUGAGUUGUGGGUGUUUGUAAAUUUGCAGGGGUGCCCAGUUUUUGUAGCUCCAGUGUAAGCGAACAGCACGCGAUAUAUGUAUGUAUAUGUAGUAAUGCUAUUAUUAUUAUCUAUUAAAUAUGAUUAUUAUUAUUAUUAUUACUAAAGAUAUUUAAAAUAUAUAUGUAUGUAUAAGUUUGUAAAAAUUGGAAUCUUAUUUAUAUUCAUGAUACAAUUGCACUAAAAUAAAUAAAAACGAAGUAUAUAAAUGA